UAUUCUUGAAACGACGACUGCCGAACGGACUGGCAAGGGAGUGACCCUUCCCACAAUCGUUUUGUUUACAACCACGUUUACAAACGUUGGGCGUCGUUUCCAAUUUUUUUUCAUAUUCUGUUUUUCGAAAUUGAUGCUUGUUCAUCAGCACAGCAGUUAGAAAAUGAACGUCUGGGUAGGAGCGGCGAUCCUGCUUGUCCUAGUUGGCCCAAGUUUUUCAAUCAAAUGUUGGGACUGCAGAUCUGACUCAGACCCAAAAUGUGCAGACCCUUUUGACAACACUAGUGUUCCUAUUACGGAUUGUGUACAGAAGGAUGAUCUUGAUACGUUGCCUGGCGUCAAACCUACCAUGUGCAGGAAAAUAAGACAGAAAGUACACGGACAGUGGAGAUAUUUCAGAAGUUGUGCAUACCUGGGCGAGCCUGGGAUCGAGGGCGACGAGAGGUUUUGCCUCAUGAGGUCUGGGACUUAUAAUAUUUUCAUGGAGUACUGCACAUGCAACAGUAAAGAUGGAUGUAAUUCGUCCUCUAUCCUUACAGCUGGCGUCACUACAUUUUUAUUUCUAUUAGCUAUGGUACUUUAUUCAAUUAGAUAAACAAAGGCUUAAAUACUCUUUUAAUAGACUGUUUUUAUUUUUUAUAUUUUUAUGAAUUAGACCCUAAGACAUUUCUGUUCUCUUAGAAAAGAGUUUUGUUAAAUCAAAUUUUGUUUUUGUAAUUGUACAACUAGUUGUUUCAACUUAAGAAAAUAAGUAUGUAUGUAAUUAUUUUUAAUGAGCUAGUCCAAUUUGUUAAGCUCAAUGUGUUUUCUUGUUUAAAAUUAUGUGACAAUUUUUAUAGUAUAAAUUGUUUAUUAACCUCACUAUUACAACAUUUUACGAUAGAAAAAUUUUCUAGAUUUUAUAUUACAUUGAAUUUUUGAGUUUGAGCACUGAACAGAAAUAUUAUUAUCCGUCCGAGACUAGUCUUUCAUCCAGCUUGAUUACAUUUUUUACAAAAAUAGUUUAAGGAAAGAAAUCAAACUCAGGAAUUUGGUUCAAUAAGCAAAGUGUCACCAAGCAAUAACACUUUUAUCACAUUUAAUCUUUAUUGUAAUAUAUAAGAUAUAACUGGUAAUAUUGUGUAAUUAAAUUAUUGUAACUUUUACUUCCCAAAGGAUGUAGGGCAUUGCCUAUUUGGUGUCUAUAAUUAUCUAUGUUUAUAAAAGUAAUUAUAUAUUUUUAUAUGUUAAUUAUUCUUGUUUGAAAGAAUAGUUUUGUACUGUUAAGGUAAAUACAUGUAGAUCUGGCAAUCUGUC